CCAAUGAAGACCUACUCCAUCCUUCAAGAUCGGGCGUUCAUUGUCCAGGCUCAUGCUCUUGGCCCAAUGAAGACCUACUCCAUCCUUCAAGAUCGGGCGUUCAUUGUCCAGGCUCAUGCUCUUUGCCCAAUGAAGACCUACUCCAUCCUUCAAGAUCGGGAAUUCAUUGUACAGACUCAUGCUCUUGGACCAAUGAAGACCUACUCCAUCCUUCAAGAUCGGGCGUUCAUUGUCCAGGCUCAUGCUCUUGGCCCAAUGAAGACCUACUCCAUCCUUCAAGAUCGGGCGUUCAUUGUCCAGGCUCAUGCUCUUUGCCCAAUGAAGACCUACUCCAUCCUUCAAGAUCGGGCGUUCAUUGUCCAGGCUCAUGCUCUUUGCCCAAUGAAGACCUACUCCCUCCUUCAAGAUCAGGCGUUCAUUGUCCAGGCUCAUGCUCUUUACCCAAUGAAGACCUACUCCAUCCUUCAAGAUCGGGCGUUCAUUGUCCAGGCUCAUGCUCUUGGCCCAAUGAAGACCUACUCCAUCCUUCAAGAUCGGGCGUUCAUUGUCCAGGCUCAUGCUCUUUGCCCAAUGAAGACCUACUCCAUCCUUCAAGAUACCCUUUCAAACAAGCCAUAUUACUAGCUAAUCUGACUUUUAUUAACUGAGAU